AUUGGCACAUUCAGCAAGUGAAAAGGGAUAAAUGUAAGUAUGAACAUAAUGAAACAAUUCACUUAAAGGGUAUUAAAACACUAAGGGGCUGUGAGAUAUCAAUAGAACCGUUAUGUGGCAAGAUAACAAAUAUUAACAAAGUUAACAAAAAAAUAAAUCACAUCCAUGAGCAAUCAUCGAAAAUAGAUCGAAAAUUACGAACAUUUCCGAAAGUAUUCCGGAAACAGCCGAAUGAGGCGGACACAUCAUAACAAGGAAACAAUAGGUCGAGGCAGGUGCCAUCGUUGUUUAUCGACGAGAGAGUUGCGUUCAUGUUUCAUCAAAAAAUGGCUAAAAUGGAUCAAACCUGUCAUGCUAUGUGGUGUACAAAUAGCCAUCUGUCGCAAUGUAGUACCCAUGAGUUCCCGAACGCGAGAAAAAGAGCUGGACUACGCAGACAAUGAGUAAAGUUCGUCCGUGCUAAGAGGGCUAAUUUUGCAGACCCAGCCUCCGGCACGGUUUUGUGUGGUGCGCAUUUUACUCCUGAAAGCUAUACGAACUAUGGACAAAUUAAAUCAGGUUUUGCUAAGAAAUUGCUGCUGAAAGCAGAUGCGGUGCCCACCUACACGCGCAGCCACCUAAAAGUCCCGAGAUAUCAAGAAAGAGGACGAUGACUGGCUCUGAUGAGACCACCCCACCACCCCAGGCAAAGCAAAGGAGGAAAAUGGCCAGAGUGAGUACUCUUUGAUAAUAAAAAAACAUAUCACGCAUUGAAUACAGGACUGGACACAUGUAUAAAUUAUCGCUCGUAAAAUAUAGAGAACAAAUCCUCUAAUCCCAUUCAUGUUUGUGUCAGUAGGCAGAGCGAAAACUGAUGAUAGCACAAUAAAUGAUAAUUAUUCUAUACAUUAUUUUGCGGUCACGGUGUAUCAGCUUCACAAAAAGAAAUGCAAAACAAACCAUUCGGUGUUUCCCACACAAUCUGUUGUUGCCGGUGUUUCAUCAGUGUGAUUGCUCACCUCAAUGAUCCUUUCAUUAGGCUGCAUUGGCUUUCGUUUGGGCUCAAAUUGAUAACCCAAAACACCAAAGAAAGGUUCAUAACUCUCCUCGUCACCAUUAGAAGAAUGUUCGUUACGUUGGAUUCAUUGCUGCAACUGGAAACAAAAUUGUCCGCCAUCAUCGCCGCCAUUCAGUACUAAGCACUGAGCCGGUUGUUUCCUAGUAGUGACGUCACGCACACUAUAUACUAGAUUUCCGGUAUCUCGAGGGCGGGUCCUUUUAGCUUGAGAAUCGAUCCUAAUUUCUAUCAUUUUCUUGGUGUUGCGAUGUGUGUAAUUACACGAAGUGGCAUGAUAUGAAUCCAAAAGGCAUGCGUUUAUGGAUAAAUUAUAGAAUAUUAGCAUUUCCCCAGGUGUUGUCAUACCCUUUAAUAACUGUAGGGUCAAAUCUAUCCUUACAACAUAUGGGAUGACAAACUCAUUAUAUAAUGCAAAUAAGGUUGCUUAAAAGUUGGUGGGGACAAUUUGAACAUCCUGAAAAGUUGUUAGUGUUGUGUCCCUACCAUCUUGAUGCAAACCUACGCCCUUGGAUUUGACAUACGACUGAAUUGCACUUUGAGCUUGUUCACUAAUUUGAAUUAAAAAUCUAAGUUGAAGCGUAUAUCUGACUCGAUAUACACCGUAUAUUCGACUAAUUUCUUCCUAGCAACAAGUGGAAAACUGAAUCCCAGCAAUUAUGUUGUUUUCAAACUUUCUUUGAAAGCAAACGCAUACUCUGUUGCUUGCAUGUCUUAGCCCUCCUCCUCAACAGUGGGCCCUUACUGAUUGGCUCGCAGCCAGAUUCCGAGGCAGCGCUCCGGGUGACAAACACUUCCUUCUCUAGUCGCCGAGGCGGAGCCCCAGUCAGGAAGCGUUGCCUCCCUCAGUCAGUCACUCACUCACUCAGUAACACCACGGAGCGCUAAAACACAUAAACGUGGUCCUUCCAACGCGUUAGCUCAUGAGAAAGACGACCUUCUCCAGCUUCAGAUGGUUAAAAAACCAGAGGAAAGCGGUGGUCACCACAGUGGACAAGAAGAUCCCAAAUGGAAUCCUGGAUGAACAAGACGCGACAGUGGUCCUCCUGCCCAGAUCCGCUUCAGCCGUUAAAAACUACCCGCCGCUUGCCGUGGAGCACCUGGAGGACGAGUACAGGCUUCGCUCGGCGGAUGACGGAAAACUUUUCCGCGAAGAGUACAAUUCGCUGCCAGGAGGGAACGCCCAGGGGACGUACGAGGAGGCCAACAAGGACAACAACAAAGACAAAAACAGAUAUCCCAACAUUCUUCCUUAUGACCAUUCAAGGGUGGUGCUGACUCAACUGGAAGGAAGUCCCGCCUCCGAUUAUGUCAACGCCUCAUACAUUGAUGGUUUCACUGUUAAGAAUAAAUUCAUAGCAGCACAAGGUCCAAAAGAGGACACAGUAGCCGAUUUUUGGAGAAUGAUUUGGGAGCAAAAAGUGUCGACGGUCGUCAUGCUGACCAACCUGAAGGAGCGGAAGGAAGACAAGUGUUACCAGUACUGGCCGGAUCAAGGCUGCUGGACAUAUGGGAAUGUGCGUGUGGCAGUGGAGGACUUCACCGUUUUAGUGGAUUACACCAUUCGCAAGUUCUGCAUACAAUACCAAUCCAGCGACGCCGCUAAGACGACGCGACCAGUCACGCAGCUCCACUUUACAAGUUGGCCUGACUUCGGUGUCCCCUUCUCGCCCAUCGGGAUGCUCAAGUUCCUGAAGAAGGUCAAAGCGGUCAAUCCACAGUUCGCGGGGCCAAUCGUUGUCCACUGCAGUGCCGGCGUGGGGCGGACAGGCACAUUCAUCGUGAUCGACGGCAUGAUCGACAUGAUGCACGCUGAGCAGAAAGUGGACGUGUUCGGCUUCGUCUCCAAAAUCCGAGAGCAGCGCUCGCAGCUCAUCCAGACUGACAUGCAGUACUCGUUCAUCUACCAGGCACUGCUGGAGUACUACCUGUACGGCGACACGGAGCUGGACGUGUCCUCUCUGGAGGGACAUCUGCACAAGCUUCACAACACCUUCAACCAAGGGGACCGGGUCGGUCUGGAGGAGGAGUUCAAGAAACUGACCAACAUGCGUAUCAUGAAGGAGAAUAUGAGAACGGGGAAUCUGCCUGCCAACAUGAAGAAGAACCGAGUGCUGCAGAUCAUUCCGUACGACUUCAACAGAGUCAUUCUCUCCAUGAGGAGAGGGCAGGAGUUUACCGAUUAUGUCAACGCGUCCUUUAUAGACGGUUACCGACAGAAGGACUAUUUCAUCGCCACGCAAGGCCCACUUCAGCACACGGUAGAGGACUUCUGGAGGAUGGUGUGGGAGUGGAAGUGUCAUUCCAUUGUCAUGCUCACUGAGCUCCAGGAGAGGGAGCAGGAUAAAUGUUAUCAGUAUUGGCCCGCAGAGGAUUCGCAAACGUACGGAGAUUACAGCGUGGAGAUGAAGGGCGACUCAUCAUGUGACACUUUUAGCCUACGAGAUUUGGUACUCACCUUCGUGCCGGACAAGCAGACACGUGCAAUCCGGCACUUCCACUUCCACGGCUGGCCCGAAGUGGGCAUCCCGGCCGAGGGGCGGGGCAUGAUCGACAUCAUCGCCGCCGUGCAGCGGCAGCAGCAGCAGUCGGGGAACCAUCCCAUCGUGGUGCAUUGCAGCGCCGGCGCGGGGCGGACCGGUACGUUCAUUGCACUGAGCAACAUCUUGGAGCGCGUCAAGGCAGAAGGCCUUUUGGACGUUUUCCAGACUGUCAAGAGUUUACGCAUGCAGAGGCCGCAUAUGGUCCAGACGGUGGAGCAAUACGACUUCUGCUACAAGGUGGUACAAGAUUUUGUGGACAUUUUCUCCGACUAUGCCAACUUCAAAUGAUCUGAUUGUUUGCCUUAUCGACGUCGUGGUGGUCCUUUUUUUUCAUUUGUUGUUGUUGUUUUCUUUUUUCUAAAGCUGGUUGGUAAAUGCUCUAUUUUUUGCUAUGCACUUGUCCUAACAUCAGUUAAACCUCCGUCCUGCUUGUAUUAUGUAUAAAAAGAAUUGUACAUGGUUAAAUAAAACAAAGUGGUAAUUUAUAUUUUGCAGUAUGUAUGAUAAUUGUCUCUUCAUGUUCCAUUUUUCUCGUUGUAUAAUAUUGUACUUUUCAACGGUUAUGUCCAUGUAAUAUUUUGGAAAGUUGUAAAUGUAUUUAUGUAACAAAAGCCACAUUUUAUUACUUUAUUUGUUUAUUUUUAUUUUCUGUAUCCAUCGGCAUUUAUUGACAACUGUGCAACGUUGUUCAUCAGGUAGUGCAAUGUGAUCUUUUUGACACUGAAAAAAAGCACAGCCCUUUACAGCCAAAAACUCGCAAUAUGUCCUGUUGUUUUGGUGCCAUAUGUUUUUUUUGUUUUUUUAAUUGAACCUCAAUUUUAACAAAAACUGAAUUUGAGUUCAUACAGAGUUUGAAUGCAGUAAGAGAAACAACAGCACAAAAAGUGAUAAGUAUCAAGCAACACGUUGAUGGCUUGUCUCGGUGUAAAACUUCUUCAUGGAAAAUAACUCCACGGGCGCAUUAAAAAGACUUGGGGAAUACGUUCUUGCAAUUUUGGAGAAUCUUCUUGACUUGGUGUGUGUUAGUUUUUCUCUUUUAAAUGUACAGUGGUAGCUCUACUUACGAACGUUUGUAUAUACCCUCGACCAAGGUCAUAGGUUUGGUCUUAACAUUGGUAGGGACAAUAUACAGUAAUAGCAUACAGUCCCUGACAAAAGUCUUGUUGCUUAUCCAUUUUGUAGAAACAAUUGCUAAUAACCUGACUUUUAAUUAUUCACUUG